UUGAGGGAAACAAAGAAAACCUCAUCUCAGACCAAGAGUGAGGAAAUGGCAGUGUCACUGAGACUGCCCUCUCUAACGCUAACGAACCUGUUCGCCUCACCGUCUUCUAUUCCCAUUCUACGACGCCGACGCCCCCAUGGCACUCUUCUCCGGCCGCCGCCCCUCGCUGCUAGCUUCUCCUCGCAGAGAGCAGAAGCUGCGUCAGCUCAGACCCAGUAUAACUCGAAGAGCAGCAAAGGGAGCGACCAAGUAAUAACGCCAAGGUCACAGGACUUCAACGCUUGGUACCUCGACCUCAUAGCCAACGCCGAGCUAGCCGAUUACGGUCCUGUUCGCGGCACCAUGGUCAUUCGUCCCUAUGGUUACGCUAUUUGGGAAUCCAUUCAGGACUAUUUGAAUGUGAAGUUCAAGGAAACAGGGCAUAGUAACAUGUACUUUCCGCAGUUUAUUCCAUACUCAUUUAUAGAGAAAGAAGCAAGUCAUGUGGAGGGCUUUUGUUUGCUGAUGUUAGCUUUGAUUUUUGUAAUUCUUGAGGCUGUGUCAGGUUCGACCCACAAGUGA